AUGUUUUCAGCUGAGAAACAGAAAACCUGUUUAAAUUCUAAACAGUCAUUACAAGAUGUGAUGAAAGAAAGAGAUCAAGCUUUAGAAGAUUUAAAUUCUGUAGAAACAGCCUUCUCUGAUUUACAUAGAAGAUUUGAAAAAGCAAAGGGAGCUGUCGAGAAUUUUAAACAGAAUGAAGGAAUAUUAAAGAAAUGUGUAGAAGAACAUCAAGGUAAAGUGAAAAGAGCUGAAAGUAAAUUACAGGCUUUAAAACAACAAGCUGAAGAAAAAUUAGAACAAGCGCACAAUGAUCUAGAAAAGAUCAAGAAAUCCUCAUCAACAGAAAUAGCCAAAUUAGAAGCUGCUUUAAAAAAAUGUGAGAUACAAAUUAAAGGAUUAGAACAUAGUUUAGAACAAAAGAAAAAAGAAAAUGAAGAGUUAACAGCUAUAUGUGAUGAAUUAAUAUCUAAAGUAGGAUAA